ACUGCUGCUCUGGAAAUAUGCAACAUUUUUUAAUUGCUUUUGUUUAUGUGGGACAUAAUGUGAGACAUCACCACAUUUUCAGCUGUGACACAUCCACUUUUCGCCUCUAUGUAUGUUGGGGAUGAACCCGUUUUCUUUUUUUUAAUAACAGACUUAAUAUAAUAGUAACAGUUGUUAUCGUUGGGCUCUGUUACAGAACAGAAUAAAGAAUGGCAUCAAUAGGUUUAUUUUGAUGCAGCACUUGUGCUGAUCCUUAUCUGUAUUAGGCAUGUGGGGUUUUAAAGCGUAUGCGUUAAAGUCCCAGUGACUGGUGUAAUGCUCUUAUACCGUAUCUGAUAGGCCCUGUGUGUCAUUUUAGGGUGUUGCAUUCAAGCCUGAGGGCCCUGUCAGCAUAGUUCCUCCCAUCAUCUAUGACAGAUAGAUAUCAAGACGAGAAAGUAUUAGCAACCUCCCUCAGCUAGCACACAAGUUACACACAGAUACGGAUACACAGCGACGGCCUGACAAAAUGUUCUUUCUGUCACUGGCAUGGCUAUUGUUGACAGGACCACUUUGGACAUUUGGUCAAGAUUUAAAACAGAAGCUGCUGGAAGAAGAAGUCAGCGUUCGUUACCCUAAGAUCCCAAGCAGUGAGACCAUUGAUUGUGAUUGUGGCAACAUGGCUUGUGACUUAGUCUUCUGGUUCCACAGUGACAUCAGUGGCAAAGUCCACUUUCUAGGCAGAUGCAACAAUGCUGACCGUACUCUCUAUGGAGAUAACGUGGAUGAAAGACAUUUUAAACUCAGUAAGAGGGGCAGUAAGUCUUUUGCGCUCCGUAUCAUCAAUGUGACGAAAGAAGACAGAGGGAUUUAUUCUUGUGUCUUGAAGGAAAAAAAUCUUAUUGAAGUAUGGAAGCCUGGGACUCUUCUACUGCCAGGAGAGACCCCACCAACACCACCUCCUAAGCCAAAACCCAAACCACCAUCCAAACCAACCUGUCGUUGCAAUACAGGUGACUCCAAGGGAGGCUGUGGCUCUAUGAUUCUUUGGCCGCUGGUCGGACUUCUUGCAGGCUUGGCUCUGGCUGUUCUCUGCACGCUGCGUUACUUUAGCCGACUACCCAGAAAGUGUCACCACCACUUUGCAAAGAAAAGGCAGACGUUCUAAAAAAAACCUGCGUCUCA